UCCAAACCAAUCACCAACCAUUCUAAAAAAAAAAAACCAAUCACCAACCUUCCCAUAAAAAAAACUUGCGCGGCGGCGGUGCGCGGAGAUGUCGCGGCGGAGGAAGAAGCCGAAGCUGGAGCCGGAGAAGGCGUCCUCAAAGGAUUCUCCUUCGCCGUCAGUGUACCUAGUGGUAGGCCAUGGAGUCACUAGCCCUGCCUACUCCGUGAUCAAGGUUCACCCCUUCGCUGCUGAUGCCGGCUCCGGCGGCACCCCGACACCGAUUCCGCCCCACCUCGCCCGCCUGGAAGCCAAGCACUGCAUGUCGUUCGUCCCCGUGCGGUCGAUUCACGGCCCGUGGAUCGUCGGCGUCGGCGGCAACCGUGCCCCGGACUACGCCCCGGAGACUGUCGUCUUCGACACCAACACAGGCGCCGUGAUCCCGGGACCCAAGCCUCUGUCCACCAAGCUCUACCCGGUCCUGCUGCCGCUCGGCGACAAGAUCUACGCCCUGGCAAGGACACCCGCCGUGAUAGGGGAUGUCAAUUUCGUGCCCUGGUUCGAGCUGCUCGAUCUCUCCCAAGCACAGGUGGGAGAAGAUGGCCGUCUCGUGGGCUGCCAAUGGGAGGAGCUGCCGCGGCCGCCCUUCUUCCCCUGGGACCUCACACCAAGGUCAUACCUCUUCCCGCGGGAGUUCACAAUCAAGUCCCAUGUAGCCGUGGCCGGCUCCUACAUUCUGGUCUCGAUAACCGAGAAGAUCAGCAUCCACAGGCCGUCGAUAACUGAGCAGCAGACGGGCACACACAUGUUCGACGUGGCGAAGAAUCGAUGGGCCAAAUUGGAUGAUAAGGACCUGCCCUUCAUCGGCGGCGCCAUCCCUCACGGCCCCCUUCUCGUCCUCGGCUUGUCGAGCGCCACCCGACGAAUCACCGCUUACAAGAUCACAGUCUGCAGCAGCGCACCAUCCUUGUCAAUCCUAGAGUUCCCGAUAUCGACCGGCCGUGAUGAUGCCAAGGGGGAGGAGGAGGAGCUUCUAAGCACCCGCAGAUUUGUUUCUCUCAGUAAACCUGCGGACAACCCUGGUUUCUGCUCGUUUAGAUGUUGCAGCCAUGACCCCCCUGCAGCAUCAAUUCCCGAACUGAUGUGGAAGGAUCAUACGUGCGAACUUGUCACCAUGACGACAUACACAACUGAGUCACAAGAUUGCUGCGUCGAGUCUACUCGCAGUCUUGUAGUCUGCAACCAGUGGAAACAGGUUUAUCUUGUCUCUGAUCCACUCCGGAGACUUACUUCGCCAUGCCUGGAAAAUAUAAUAUCCUUUUGAGUAAGCAGCCCCUUGGACACACUUCACCACAUUGCUUACUUCGAUUCACAAAUCUCAUUUAGUUAGAGCUUUAUUAUGGUACCUCGAUUCUGCAGUAUUGUUGCAAUACAUACGGGGGUACGAUUUCUGGUUGUCACACCUAGUUGGUACAAUGUCGUCAAUGACCUGCACAGUGCAGUCUAGGCCUAAAUACUGAAGACAUAUAUCAUUACUAGCUCUAAAUUUUGUAAGCUGGCCUGAAUGUCUGAGUACUGUUUUUCUUUUAAUUGUUUGGUUUGUUUAGCUU